CGCAUUAGGCUUAGGCUCAGACUCAGAGGACUCCAAUGGCCAGUUGGAUUUUGUCAGAAUAUGGCUUAAGGCCCCUCCCUGGAAUCAGUUUCUAUGCAACACCAAAACCCAGAUCUUCAUUUCCUUUAAUUAAUGUUUUCAAGUUCAGAACUUUCCCUGCUUCAUCUUCAUUCAAGGACUCAUCAACUUGGUUUAAAAGAAGAAACUUUGUGGGUUCUUUGAAUGUCAGUGCUCCUUUGGAGGUACAGACCAUUAAUGGGAUUGAAGACGAUGAUGGUAAAUUUGACCCUGCUGCGCCUCCGCCUUUCAAGUUGGCCGACAUUCGGGCUGCUAUACCCAAGCAUUGCUGGGUUAAGGAUCCAUGGAGAUCUAUGAGUUAUGUUUUGAGGGAUGUUGUUGUUUUUGGUUUGGCUGCUGUAGCUGCUUAUUUCAACAACUGGAUCGUUUGGCCCCUUUAUUGGAUUGCUCAGGGAACCAUGUUUUGGGCCCUUUUUGUUAUCGGUCAUGACUGUGGCCACGGUAGUUUCUCCAACAGCACGGCAUUGAACAGUGUUGCAGGUCAUCUUCUUCAAUCCUUGACUUGA